AUGUCGCUCAAGUGCGUCCACCAGGGAUGUGGAAAGCUCUUUGCUGAAGGCAGCACGGAAGACUGUAUCUACCACCCUGGGCCCCCAAUCUUCCACGAAGGGCAAAAGGGAUGGAAAUGCUGCAAGCCCCGCGUCCUCACUUUUGACGAGUUCAUGUCCAUAAAGCCAUGCACGACGGGCACGCACUCUGCGACAGAUAAGCCGCCGCAACUCGAAGAGAAGCCGAAGCAAGACGAUGCCGCCAUCGCGAAGAAAGUAGACGAGAUCAAUGCCGCUGCUGCCCGACCCCGCGCUCCCAUCCAGCCCGCCCAGCAAACCCCGACUCCACCACCGCCUCCUCCCGAGUCAGAGGAUGACGACCCUAGCCUGGAGAUUGUGGACGGCGCCUACUGUCGCCGUAGAACCUGUGGCCAGCAGUAUAAGAAGGGUAGCAAGAGAGAUGCAGAGAGCUGUUUGCACCACCCUGGCGUUCCCAUCUUCCAUGAAGGCAGCAAAGGAUACACGUGUUGCAAGAGGCGUGUGCUAGAGUUUGACCAGUUUAUGAAGAUUGAAGGCUGCAGGACAAAAGACAGACAUCUCUUCAUUGGUAGUGGCAAGAAGGGAAAUGCCAGCAAUGGUGGCGAAGAGGUCUUAACGACCGUUCGACACGAUUUCUAUCAGACCCCGAGUGCAGUCAUCGCCUCUCUGUUCCUCAAGAAGAUCAACAAGGAGACUGCUACUGUCGAAUACAAGGCGCAAGAGCUCAUUGUCGACCUCGUCACCACCGACCCAACACCGAAACGAUACAAGACCACAAUCCCUCUAUAUGGGCUCAUCGACACGGAAAAGUCGAAACACAAGAUCCUCGGCACCAAGAUGGAGCUGAACUUGAUCAAGGCAGACGGAGCCUCGUGGCCUGUCUUCAGAGGUGACGAGCAGCUGACAGGUGAGAUUCUCCAGAUCGGCAAGGCUGGCCGCGCAUAG